AUGGUUGGAUUAUCUGAUGAAUUUGAGAAAGCAAGAGAUGAUCUUCUGAAAGGUAAAAACUAUUCCAUUAUUGGGAUGGCGGGCGUUGGAAAGACAACUCUUGCCAAACAUAUAUUUGAAGAUCCAUCAAUUCAGAGGCAUUUUGAGUUUCGAGCAUGGAUCAAAGUGGGCAGAAAAUGCGAGUUCAAUGAACUAUUACGGUGCCUUCUAGCUCAAGUGGAUCCCAACGCUUAUGAAAUGCUUGCCCAAGGAGAUGAUGACGAGGAGGAGUUAAUUGGAUUCCUCAAAAAGAGAUUGAAAGACAAGAAUUGUCUGAUCGUGUUGGAUGAUGUUUGGGAGGUACAAGCAAUAAAUCGCUUACGAGUAUUGGUGGUAGAGAAUAUUUGUGGAAGUAUUCGAGUCUUACUUACAAGUAGAAGAAAUAUAGUAACUAUAAUGAGUGGGUGUGAAAGAUUGGACUUGUUGAAUCUAAAAGAAAGUAUGGAAUUACUUGGUAUGAAGGUGUUUGGUGAAGAGGGUUUUCCUCUUCAACUUGAGAAGCUGGGAGAGAAGAUUGCCAUAAAAUGUGAAGGGCUUCCUCUUAUGAUAGUCACAGUUGCAGAGCUCCUAUCGAAAGCGGACAAGACCCCAGAAUACUGGACUGAGGUACUCAAACAACGUAGUUCAGUCUUCUUGGAUGCAUACAAUCAAAUAUUAGAGGUACUUUUCCCAAGCUAUGACUACUUACCCCAACAUUUGAAAAUGCUUUUUCUCUAUAUGGGAGCUUUCCCUCCAUAUAUUGAUAUGAUCAAUCCACGCAUGCUCAACGAUCUGUUGACUGCAGAGGGGUUUUUUGAAUCGAUUGGAGAAGAAAAUUUUGAAGAUUUUUUCUAUACAAGCUUGAAAGAUCUUUCUAUGCAGCAUCAUCUUGUUCUCAAAACAACAAAUUCUUCAACAUAUCGCAUGCUUUCCUGCUGGCAGCACUUGUGUAAGGUAGAAGCUAGUAGGAUCAAGUUUUUGCAUGUCUUACAAAGUUGUGAUGAUGUUAUAAAAGACCAACGCCGCUUGUGUGCCCAUUGGAAUAAUUUAUUUGGUUUCAAACAAGUGUAUGACUUGAUAAAAAGUGAUUGUGCACCCACUGCCCGAUCUCUCCUUUGUCAUGGUCCUUAUCACCAAUAUCCGAUCCCAAUACAUGCCAUGGGUUUCAAGUUGCUCAGGGUACUAUAUGCUCUUAAUGUUAGAUUUUACCAUAUCCCAAUUGAAAUUCUGAAACUAGUUUGUCUGCGGUACCUUGCCCUAAAUUACAACGGGGAGCUCCCUCCUUCCAUAUCCAACCUUUUUCACCUUCAAUUUUUGAUUAUCCAAAGAUAUAUGAGCAUUAAAAAGCGUGGAGUUCAGAUAUAUGUUCCUGUGCAAAUUUGGGACAUGCAAGAACUAGAGUGUAUUGGUGUAUGGGGAAGGGACCUACCAACCCCUAAUACCGAUGAUGCUACCUUGAACAAACUCACCACACUUCUUGGUGUGAGUGCAAACAGUUGUACAAGGGAAGUUCUCAAAAGAAUUCCUAAUUUAAAGCAUUUAGAAAUUGAAGCGGAGUUGAAGCCUUAUGAUAAUGAUGAUGAUGAAACCAACCCAUUGAGUUGCUUGAGUUAUAUAUCACAACUCCAGAAUUUGGUCGCACUUAGAUAUAGCAUAAAGAAUCCCGAGAUAAAGCAUGAGUUUAAGACUAUUCCUCUUUCAAUGUUCCCAUCAAGUCUCACAAUGUUAAAUUUGAGUGGGUUGGGGUAUCCUUGGAAGUACAUGAAUGACAUUGGUUCGCUGCUGCCAAAUCUCGAGUUUCUCACAUUAGAAUCCUAUGCCUUUCGAGGCCCGGAGUGGGAAAUAGAAUCGGGGAGUUUCUUGAAACUUAUUCAACUUGAAAUUGAAGACACCGAUUUGGUGCAAUGGAGACCUCAACGCGGAAGCUUCCCAGUGCUCUGCGAAUUAAUCAUGAAGCAUUGCUACAAACUACAACAAUUCGAUUGGCCGUACGAUCAUUCUUGGAUCAAUCGUAUUGUAUUAGUUGAUUGCAAUCCUUCAGCUGUGGCUUGUGCCAAUCAAUUAAGAGACAAGUUUUCCUUUGAACUUAUGGUCGAGUCUUCUUUUUGA